AUGGAUGACCACGGUGUUGCCUUUGAACGCCAUACGAUCGAAGAGCUGGAUUCUUGGAAAGACCAGGCCAAGUCCAUUAUUCUCGCAGCCGGCAAAUAUGUCAACCAAGACGCGGAUAACGGAUGGAUCCCACUUGCAAUCUUCGCUGUCUCAGUCGCCCUCCGUCCUGAAGUCAGGCUUGUUGUGGACGCCUUGCGGAAGCAGGGCAUUGACGUCUGGAUGAUUUCCGGUGACAACGCCAAAACAGCCAAGGCUGUCGGUGCCAUGGUCGGUAUUCCGGAAGACAGCAUCAUUGCUGGGGUCCUGCCCGAACAGAAGGCGGACAGGGUUCAGUACCUCCAGAAGAGCCAAAUCAAAGUUGAUUCUUUCCUCGGCAUUGGCAAAUCUACGUACCGCAGACCGAACGUCGCCAUGGUUGGCGAUGACAUUAAUGAUUCGCCGGCCCUGGCUGUCGCGGAUGUGGGCAUCGCCAUUGGUUCUGGAUCAGACGUGGCAAUCUCCGCGGCCGAGUUCGUCCUCAUUAAUUCCAACCUGACGACGCUCCUGACUCUGGCGAGCCUGAGUCGGGCCGUCUUCAGGCGGGUCAAGUUCAACUUCGCCUGGGCUUUGGUGUAUAACAUGGUUGCUCUGCCUAUUGCAGCCGGUGUCUUGUACCCGGUUAGGACGAAUGGAAACUACAACAGGUUAGAUCCCGUCUGGGCAGCACUGGCCAUGGCGCUCAGUAGCCUGAGUGUCAUCACGAGCAGUCUCCUGCUUAGAGCGCGACUGCCGGUGGUCGGGUACCGAAACAAGUCGAUGAAGGAUUUGGGUUUGAGCGAUUAA